AUGAACGAAAUCACUCAGUUGGUCGAUGAUAUUUCGGGUAAUCUCGGACCCCAAAGUGCAUGCUGGCUUCCUGAGUUAAUUGAGUCUGCGGCUAAUUUGCUGGCCUCAAGAUCCUCCCAAGUAACCUCGUUGUCAAUUUCUCGAGUCCUUAACCGCGCAGUCAUCUUGAGUUUCGAGGCCUACCCAAGAUUCUCCUUCCGAUUGGCUGAACACAUCGGCUACUCAAUAUUCAACAUGAUUGAUAACUUCGCUAAUGCUUCUGUCAAAUCCGGUGAUGAUUUCACUCAGCUACUCGACGAAGUCUUUUACCAUGCCGUCUUGUUGACCUGCUCCAACGCACCGUUUGACCUUGAGAUCAGCGAAUCGCGUGACCCCGAGAGUGAAUCGGACUCCGAGGCACUUGAGAGCGAUGUGGAGUCGAUCCGACAGCCAAGUCCCACAACCAGUGGCGCUUCUCCCGGGGAUUCAGUGAUGUCCCGGAUAUCCUUCCGCGAAUACCUGCCUCUAUGGAGGUACUUACUGGGACUGCCUUCAGGCUUCAAAAAGGAGAAGCCUUGCAGGAAUCUCGACACCUCGGCACUGGUCUGUCGACUGCUGUUGUCCUCUGUGCUGAGGAUUUUGAAGCGAUUGGAUUUUUCGUACAACACGCCCAACGAGACUGUGGCCGAGGCCGAGCCGCGUGUUAUUGUGAGCAAUCCGCAGGACGUGCUUCUGCCUUCCAACAUUGCUGCAUUCCUCGAACAACUUUUGCCCGAGUGCCCGACCUCCUUUUUCGACAACACCAUUGCUCCCUUUCUACAAUCGUGUCUCGACCUCACUGAAAAGUACCCUUUGCUGAGUGGACUAUACCGUCUCCUCGCGUUGAGCAUUUCAAUUGCCAGGCGCUCUGGAUACUUCACAGACUUGCCAGACGACACCCAGGAGUUAGCUCGCUUGAGGUCGUUCGCGACGUCUCUGCUAGCAAGCCUUCAGACUGCGAAGGGUCUCCUGCCCGAUGACCUCUGCGUUUCCCGGUGUGCGUGCCUCCUCAGCCUGCCUCUCCUGAUCUUCCCGCUCUCCGAAGUUGACUGCCUCUGCUUAAAGCUGGCUCGGGUUGUGGCUUCUACCUCGCUGUUGGUCCGUUUGCAUGGACGAUGCGCUCACUUAGCUGGGACUCUCGUGUGCGCAGUCGAGUCCUGGUUAGCGGAGGUCAAAUCGGACAGGGUGACUCACGCCAUCGUCUUUGCAACUCUUGUACCAGCCUUAGUGGGAAUACUAGAGAUUAGCUACGAUCCCGGCACCACCAGGGAUUAUUCAUUCGCUAAGCCCUUCACUGGCCAAAAAUCGCGCCAUUCUCCGCACAAGGCAAGAUUGCUUCAGACCCUGAGGGCCAUAACAAGGCGACCGAAUGCAAUGACCUUGGACCACCCAAUAGGCGAAGCACAAACCAGACUUAUUCAGAUGAUUGGUCGAAAUGCAUCGCGUCCAAAAUUCCUAACUUCGCUUUCUCGAGAGGAAAGAGAACAAAAUGAAAACUUUUUCGCACCCCUCUUACCUGAUGGUGAUGGCAUUUUUAACAACUUAAAGUUGUCUCUUCCGUUUCCGGAUUUAAAAUCGCAUCUUCGACUUUCGGAUCGUUGUUUAGUUACACAACUGCUUGCCAUUCUUCUCUGGCGCCAAAGAUCUGUCAUUAAUUCAACAAACCAAGUUGUUGCAGGAAUUUCGUGCCAUGCAAGAAUAUGCGCGGCCGAGUAUUUGCACGAAUUUAUCAUUCUUGGUCUGGCCAAUCAACGUACUGUGUCCGAAACCCCUGCUGAUCCACUCAGUAACAGCGACUUAGACUAUUGGUCUCUUCUCUUUCACGUUACCUUCAUUUUAGGGUCCGAUAGUGAUCUGCUGAUUCGACGUCUCUUUAGAUGCCUUGCCUUCCAAUUGGUUCACUGGUUUGCGGGCUAUCCAAUAGCCAGCCGGUGCAUUGCAAAAGUGCUCCAAAAAACGAUUUUACGAAUACUCAGCCUUACCUCACCCGAGGACGACAUCUAUUGUUUCUUAGAUAAAAAUUUUUUAUUACCAGACGCGGUUCGAUUUGAACGUCGUAAACUUGCGGCCGAAUGCCUGCGGCACUACGUGGAGUGGAUGGGUCCUCGGGUUCCUGGUUCUCCAGAUGCCUUUAAACGCUCUUCGUCCGUUUCUAAUUGCCCACCUGUUGAGGAAUUUUUGCAACAGCUUAUUGAAAGACUUUGUCGCGAUCGUGGGUGUCCAAAGGAAGGGGCUUCCUUCGCUUUCACCUACGCAAUUUCCCCUCUACUAAAUGAGCGCACCGAAUUAGCCACCCGCUAUAUCUACCUCUUUAUUGAUGUGUUCACAACUUCUAUUUCACCAGAAUCCAAUCAAAAUUCGACCACAGCGGCUCUAAAGAAAUCGGUGGAACUACUGAUUAGACUGUCGAUGAAAUAUCCAAACAUUAUUUUGUUAGACGAUGAGAACCCAUUGCCUAGAAAGUUGCCGAAGCUGACAAGAGUGUGCGCAGCACCAUCGCACACUACCUUUGUUGAACCUCUCAAACCUCGUGGAUGGGAAUCUGCAUCAGUUUCGUCCUGUGUGGAAUCAUUGCUGCUGGCCUCCCGUGACACUCUUCAUGCAAAUUUAUUUCGGGAACUUAUUCAACAAUUGGCCUCCUCGUUUGCCAGUCGCGUUUGCCCACGUAUUCUUUCAGACAGUGGCCGGAUUAUUUCAAUGUUUGAAUGGGACACUAAUUCGCGCCACGGGUUUGUCCACUGCCUCGAAAGCUACUCCUGGGUUCUUUCCUCCGGUCUGAUGCAGUCCGAAAGUCUCCACGCUGCAAUUCAAGCACCUUCUAGUAAAAUUCUUGCUGCUGUUGGAAAAUACUGCACUGCGCCAAUGAGACCACACAAAGAUUGCUCGCUGGCGACACUCAAUUUCAUCCACAAGGUUCUCACUUCAAGGUCGAGCGCGGAUAUCAGUGUGGUAUUCCACUCUGCUCAUCCACCGUGGGCAUUUAUUGCUCACUGCCUUCUUAGACCACAGGCUGUUGGACUUGAUGAUAAGAACAGUAAACUAAAGGCCUUCAGCCUUUCCAAUAGCUUCGCAGAACUCAUUCAAGCCAUCCUCCUCAUCGCAUCUAGCCUUGGUUACAAGAUAUCAUGUUCCACUGACCUGCUCUCCGACAUAAUCCACCAAUCAGGCAACUGCUUCCUGACCCCAAGCAAUCUCUUAGAGCUAGUGGAUGUCGGUGAAGGAAGUCUGACAUUGUCGACGCACCCCAACGUACUCCUCUCGAUGCUUUCCAAGUUGCUUAAUCCAUAUUCGCGAAAGGCGGAUGCGGCGUCACACGAGCAACGUCCUGGCCAGCUUUGUGACAGCAUAGCCAAUGUAUGGAACAAGCGCGUUGAUCCCCUGCUUGUGCUACCGGGGCUCGACAAAGAAUUGUGUGCCGAUCUACUUGAGACGAUAAUUUCAACGUCCAACUCAGCAAACUGCAAUAAUUACUUUAUUGACGUUCUACUUUUUCAGGAUUUGGAUCGAAACGUCUUUGUUACCAGCUACUUGAACCUGCUUGGUACCGAGUCACCAAGUUCCACUUUGAAGAUGAAAUUACUUGACAUGCUGGCCUUCUUCCUGCAACUCGAGGUCAUUCCAGCGAACUACGCUCUGACCAAUGACCGGAGAGCCGAGAUUGUCAAGGCCGUCUGCUUCCUUCUCGCCUCCACUCUUCCCACGGAUCGAGAAGAAGUUGCUGGUUCACCGAAAAAACUUGCCGACUGCACCGCUAUGCUACGAUCGAUUCUCUCGCUGGUCGAGACAACGGGUUGCGCCGACGCCGUCCACAUCGCAUCAACCGUCUUUUGCCGUCGUGAGAACCACUUCAUGGACGAAGACCUCGAUGGGAGUUUGAAGGCGGCGAUGACCAGGCAAGUGCUGGCAUGCCACGACCACGCAUCUGCCCAAUUCUGGUUGCGACCAGCGGCUCAAGAAAAGCUGCUUUCAUCGGCCGUGGAGGCAUUUGAUGUGGCCACAAGAACCGCUCAUUCAUCCAUCGGCUCCGUUAAGCUCUGGCAUAACUACUUCAAUAAGGUACUUCGACCCCUUCUCCUGUCUGUGGGCGCGAGCGCUCUUGAGAGAUUCGCUGUCCGCAACGUCAGCAAGUGCAUUGAAUGCCUGGAGUGCAGCCUGGACUGUCCGAACACCGCGACGCAGUGGCUCUGGGGCGUGCUGACUCAGACGGUCAUCCUAUCGAUCUUUACAGUGCUCUACAACAGAUUGUCGAAGACAAUUCUCCACGGAAUGGUACCUGACGGUGUUGGAUCCGUAUUGAGGGCUUUUCUGGGUCCGCACAAAACCGACGGACCCGGUCUUUCUCAAGUCAAGGGAACAGAAUUGACAGCCUGCUUGAUUAGGAAGGCCCACAUCAUCCUCCAGGAUACUCUACAGUCCCGAACUCUUGUCCACCUUCACCACGACGCCGAGAUGAUGGCGUGCGCCGACACGCUGCGACGUGGACUUUGGGCGGCUGGUCUGUCCUGCCUCGUGGCCGCUGUGAGCGCGACCCAGAUCUCCGAGAAAUUCUACAACUACGUCCUCAUCCCCGACCUCCUUCCUCGCCUCCUUCCGGACUCCGUGGAAUUGAGAUUUCCCAGAACAAGGUCUGGAAAAUACAAAUCGGCUUUCGUCGAGCUGCGAGAGGAGUUUUGGCUGCCCUCGGAAAGGGAGCCCGGUUUCGGUAGUGCAAACUCUGACUCACCACGAAGGCAGCAGGCGUUCUCCAGUGGAACGUCGACUCAACGACGGACGAGCAGUGACCUCCUUCAGACAAGCAGUUUCUCCGUUGAGAUAAAUCGUUUCAGAAGGACUUCGGGAACUCAGACAAAGGAGGUUCGAAUGGGUGCCGUGGGUAGAGCUAGUUCGGCCUGGACAUUUUUCGGACUAUCUAUGAUUAGUUCCGCCUUCACUUUCCUCAAACUUCAGAUUAUGCAGGCAACGAAUGCGGUGAAGGAAUUCGUCAAACCCAUCAGUCCAUCGAAAUCAGCAGCUGCUGUGGCAGACACGAUCCAGGAACCGGAACCGCUGAAUGUCCACGUUAACCUGGAGGUUGACUGUCUCAACACAACUUCUCCGAUGGUGUGUUUCGUCAGCCUCCUGAAGCACAUGCACCACCGAGGAAUAUUUAAGACCGUGCCUAGUAAAAAGGGAGUGACGUGUGAUGAUAUGCCUGCGAUUAUGCGUUACUUCUAUGAUCACUUCACCUCCUCCGCCACCAACGACAAUGUUCGCGCCUUCAUUGCAAAACUUGUAAUCAAUUGUACCGAGGUGUUCAAGCCGUUUGCAAGGCUCUGGCUCCCCGUCUUGUUGGCCUUCGUCACAUCCGGAGCAGACGUUCUGAAGGCGUCCGCCAGUUUGUCCUCGCUCGCCGUCGACAUUUGUCUGCUUCUGGGCGAGUGGGGUGAGUCGGGCGACGCCGCGCCCCACUCGCACGCCGCCAAGGCUACGGCCCGCGCUCUGCUCGCCGCCCUGCUGCACUCCGGCGACGCCCACCCACACCCCUCCAUGUCGAGGCUCAGCCUCGAGCUGUUCGACCUGCUUGUUGGCGCGUGGCUGCCCGCAGGCGUGCCGAUUCCCUACCGUGAGCUGUUAGCAGAGCUCCAAGUUCGUCAGGAUUACAAGCAAACGGCGUUCAAGUUCCACCUGUUCAAAGCCGUUCUUUCUUCUUGUGACAAGUUUAACCCCAUGGAUGAUAAUCUGGACGUUGCACAUUUCGCAAAUCUUAUCCUCAAGCAUAUGCACCAAAGCCAGAAGACGUUGGUAGUUGUUGUCUGGGAGUGUGCUGGCCUUCUCAUCUCAAAGUGUGCUGCACCCUCAGAGGCAUUUGACGAUGAAGGGAUCGAAGUUUUAAGAAGCAAUGGAAUCGAUAUCCUUCCCCUAUCCCGUUUCCCGCCAGCCAUCCAUCCACUGGUGGCUGAGUUGUGGUCUCGGGUCCACAAUUUGAACCCUGCUCAUCGAUGCACCCGACCUUCAGAUGCACCAAUCACAGUGAUGAUUGAGGCAGCCUGUGCGGCUGCGUCCUAUUGGUCCGCACUUGGCUUGCAUCUGACCAACUCGCUUCUUAUAGCUGGCAUCCCUGAUGACAUCGAACCAGCUCUGUUUUCGCAUUGCCUUCGAAUGUUCGCGAAACUGACGCAUGAUUUGACAGAGGGCAAAUUUCCCCGUCACGUCGGAGAAUCUACAAAGGUGGAGAUUUUCACUAAAAUGGCAAAUUCAAAUUUACUGGACCAAAUUAGACGGGGAACGGCCGCUGUGCUAUUCACCGGAACACUGCUGAUCCUGCGACUGGUGCAGUUUGCAAUGACCGCUGCUUCGUCAGAGAACUUCGCUACAGAAAAAUAUCAUCAUCUAAUUCUGCAGCUGGUCCAAACUUUGGUGGCUGCUCUCUUAAGACCAAAUGCAACACCAGAUUCGAGGCGCGUCGCUUACAGGACUUUCGUCACGGCACUCAAUGUAUCCACUGGACCUCUGGAAAAGGCCAUUAAGGACCUUUGCAGUCUGGGCUUGGCGUAUGGGCUGUGCGGUGAAGAGGACGCGAAACUUCGACGUCUGGUUCGGCGUCACAUGUCGCAGCACUGCCUCAACGCGACACUCCAGGGCCUCCCCAAGUCGUCGUCUCGUUGCAUCUCAGCUUUGGCGUUGCUUAGCAGCGGUCGUCACGGUAACCUGGCUGACCGCCCUCUUCUGAAAAGAAUUAUGCCACGACUGUUGUCCUCGAGCUUAGAGAUUAUUCUGGAGCCAGCCGUCAAGUCGGUGGAUUUCCGGUAUCCCAUCUAUCAAAAUCCGCUGGAUCCCCACUAUCCUUUCAUGCAACCAAAGCAAGUUAAUCGCAACGUGAAUGUCAUCGUUGUCUUUUUCUUUGAUGUCAGUUCUGUCCAAGUAGCUGCCCCGCCGUUCUACUCGAUGCUGGAUCCAGUGGUGAUGAGUGGGAUUCACCAAAUUUGGAUGACUCAAUCAGAAGCCUCGAAUGCCGCCCUCGCCGGAACCGCAACCCUGUCGUUUCCAGAGGGCACGACAUCCGACACCCAACUCAUGGCAACUCAGGCACCUCCGUCUUCUUCUUCUUCUUACUCCUCGUCGUCAUUCUCACACACUAACGCCGACACCUCCUUCUCUGGCGUCGAUCAGGCUGCAUUUGCUGUUCCUAAGGUCCAAUCGAGCAGAAACGCAAGGCGGACAGAAAUAUUGAAGGAGAAAAAGGUGAUUGGCUGGUCGAUUUUCUAUUGCGAAACGCACAACUUCGUAAGUCAGGUGGACUGGCGAAAGUGUGUUAGUCGACUCUCUCGAGCAGAUGAACUUCGUCAGAAGUUGGUUUUCGCUGCAACAAUCACAACUGAGGCUCCUGCGGCAGCUCCUGGUGCUACCCAACCCGACGCGGCUAUGCGUGGUUUUUACCGACAGCGCAGCAUACACCGCCAGCGUGCUGAAUUCAACCUCAUCGCCGGUGACACCACGACGCUCUUCCACUCCGACUGCGUCGGACCGGCGACCGCCCACCUCUGCUGUCGCCACCGCCCCGGUGCCCUUCCCGACGUCCAAGCCCUCCGACCUGAGGGCUUCGUCAAGCCGCUCUUCCAACUCGCCGCCAGCGGCUGUGGUCCGGUCAUUCUGACACUCGUCUUAGAGUCUCUUCUCGACUCACCGCAUACCGCACGGCGCGCGUCCUUUCUGAGAGGCUUGGGAGGCGCCUUGGCGGGACUAAUGGCGAGUGGACAGGCCUCGAUCGUGCCCCUCUGUCUAUCCCUCGUGUGGUAUUUGAGCGGCGUAAGUGGUGAAAUUCUCUGCCUAGCUCCAGAACCCUCUUUGAUUGUUGCAAGUGCUACCUCGACAGGAAGAGUUGCAGCGGGUAUUCUCUUGCUAGAGGAACUAUUGUGUGUCUCCGCCUCUGGAAGACCCAACGGUAGCCGCCAAUUGUCGCUGUGUACACCUUGGACUGCAAGCCGACGCCGUAUCUACCCGCUUUCCUUUCCCUCGUUCGUUCUCCCUGAUGUGCAGAUCGACCUGUUGUCUACCGAAGGGAUAUCAGAACCGUCGUCUUCUUCGACUUGUUGGUGGCAGCUCACUCGGCUCUACAUUGCUGCCCAACGAGGUGAUGAAAUCCUCGGGUGGUUGUGCGAUCGGUGGGCAGGAAAUCCAAAGACUCCGCACUGGCAAAAAUCCGUCCUUGAAUGCGUCGGCGAGGCUCUCCUUGCAGAGGACUUCGGCGAUUACGAAGGCGCCUUCUCGGAGCUGUCAGAGGCCUUUUUAUCCCUGGACUUAUUCGGUCCAAUUUUCUUCCUGAAGUUGAUUACAACCUAUCCAAAUGAUGACGAGGCUCAGGCCAACUCCGAUGACAACGCCUGGGCUACUUGCCCCAGCGGCUUGAACGCUGAACUGCGCCUGGUUUGCAGAGAGGAGCUUCUUCAAUGCCUCCAGAAACUGGGUUCGUGGCAGGAUUUGGACCAAGUAGCCACGACUACGGCCAUUUCACUCGCUCCAGAGCCUGAAGACGCAUGUGUCCGAGAACCAUCAACUUCCAACGCAACCAUCUGCGAGUUUGAUUCCCUGUGGAUGGAGCCUUAUGCAAUGGAGAGUGUUCUUCCCUUAGUCAUCAGCUCCCGUCUACAGGCAUGUUUGUGCGCUGAAAUCAACAAGGCGGUUGAAUCGCGGGCCUCGGCUGGAAUGACCGAAUUGGAGAGAUUUCGUCAGGUGAUGGAUUCGGGUCUGCGCUCCACAUCAGACCUGUUUGAGUCCAAAUUCGCCUACGAGUUGACCAUGCUGAGCGUCCUUGAAUCUGACUGGGAUCGCGCGCAACUCCGCUGCAGCACAGCGUUCAAAACCCUCGCACAGACUUGGUCAUCUCUGGAGGAUUCCUACAUUCGCCUAGAGAAGGCGCAGUUGCUUACAGAAGUCAAGGAAUUUGUCGAAAUUACGUCUGGAACAUUGAAUGCUGUUUCUUCAAUGGACCUACUCCACAAGUGGUACGAACGCUGUAUAGAGUCUGACCCAAGCGAAGAACUGACCACAUGCCGCCUAUUCCUUCUGUCGAAAUUGGCGGGCAUGGAUUGUUUAUCCAUUCAGCAACAUUUGGUACCUGCAGUUGUGGACUUGGGCCUGGCUGGUGCUAAUGCUUGUUUGCGAACCGGGAACUCACCUCGAUCAAUCAAUCAACUCAACCAACUUCGCAGACUAACCAACGCUUGCAGCCAAUCUGGCAGCGACAAUGGAUAUCGCCAACUUGCGUGGUGUAAUGCGUUCUCGCGCGCCUGGAAAUCUGUUCACACGCUGACUUCAGUCCUCUACUGCAGUACGGGAAGGGCGACCGCACGUUUUGACUUGGAAAAUGGAUUGUCUCGGUGCCUUUCUUUAAGUUCUCGAUGUAUCGAGACGUAUGAAGGUCUUCGACAGCCACCGUCAUUCUGCGAUGCAGAUGUGGCUGUCAUUCAAUUCUCUCACGCCAUCUCAAUCGCUCAAAUCCUCUCGUCUCUCGAUGAUCUUCAGAAGAGUGGUCGCCUCAGCGACGCGGGUUCCAAGCACCUGAACGCCUCCCUCCUGCCUGCGCUGAAGGCACGGUUUUCGCGGAUCCAAGGACUGGAGGUCAGUGACGAAGAUUUUCUGCAGUCAAGCGCUCUUGCCUUUUUCAAACGUUGCCUUGAACUGGCUCGAUGUGUUAUGGAGAACACGAAAGCUAUCCCAUCGUCAGCUGAACAGAAACUGUGUCGCCGCAACCUCCUUGUCUAUACACCCGAGGACGCCCUGCUUGAAGUAGCGAACUUCUGCAACGCCCAUAUGAUUCCUGGCAUUCGUUCAGACGCCUACGCUCACGCAUUCGUCAGUGCAGUCCUAACCGCAAUGUACUUGGGUUCUGAUGGUGGUUCCAUUCGAUUCUCAAGAGCCCUUCAGAUCACGACCUCUUGUGCCAAGUUUCGCCAGCAUAGUGACGCCAGUACCCUUGGUGAUCUGUUUCGCGAAAUGACAAAAGACCUACCCGUGUGGAUGUUCCUACAGUGGUCCGACUGCCUCCUGAAUGCCCUCGUCAACGGAGCCUCGGAACUGGUGGCGGACAUUCUCCGAAGGGUGGCUUGCCUCUUCCCUCAGGCACUCUCCUUCCCCUUUCGCGUACGUCUCACUUCCGUUUGGGAUUGGUCGCCAGACAGUCGCCCCUUGGUUGAUCGAUUUAUCACUAACCUCAGGUCCAAUGGCAAUGGAGACGCUGUAGUGAUUGUCACUGAGCUGGAGCAGAUGCUGGCGAAGCAAACCCACCUGAACCGGUUCCUGGAUGAGUUGGAAAACCUGAAUGACCCCGAUCUGGUAUUUAAGGAUUGGGUCGACAAUUACGCUAGACAAGCUGUUCUCUCGGAAGCCACCAGUCGCGCGGACCUCGUAGCUUCUUGCCGCAACCUCCUCAGCCGUGGAUUUCUUCGUCUACAUCCGGAUGAUAUUGCCAGCGGUAGAAUUCAUCUGCUUCCCCCUUUACUACACUCUAAUCAUCCUUCACAUGAAUACUUACCUGUCUACGUUGUAGGCGGCCACACGUCCAAUCUUGCCGUCGACACUGAGCGAUCUCGAGCAGCACAAUGUCUCGCGGGGCUAAUUCAAUCCGAAUUUGGCCAUGAUUGCGGACUGCUUUUGAGAUUCAACCGAAGUGAUUUUGACUUGGCUGUCCAAAAAAUCACGACCCGCUACGCGAGCGCCGCUCCAAGCACCUCGAAGGUGGAGCACUUUUCCCGAUGGCUGGCCGAUUUCUCACCGGACGGACUGGGCGUGGUUGAAAUGCCGGGACACGCGUCCACCUCCACCAGCUGGUCUUCCACGAGGACGCCCGUUGCGACAAUUGAGCGGAUAGAUCCACGCGUUGAGGUGCUCUCAAGCCUGCGAAGACCGAAAUUGCUGAGGUUUCUUGGGAGCGAUGGAGUGUGGCGAAGGUGGUUGGUCAAGGGGGGUGAGGAUCUACGACAAGACGCCAACGUCCAGCGUCUCAUCCGCUUUGCCAACCAUGCUCUCUCCAUCAACCAACCAGCUCGAGACGGCCAUCUUCGCACAUACUCCGUUGUGCCCAUGACCAUCUCGCUGGGUCUCAUUCAGUGGGUUCCCUGCACGACAACCCUCCUCUCCUUCUGCAUGAAUGCCAUGACUGCGGAAGAACAAAAGCGUUUCACCACAGAGACGAAAGCGUUCGCGGCCGACCUGUCCAAUCGCGGUUACCGCAUGGAGGCUCCUUGGGGCUCGGACUCCAGCGCCGUAGUCUCGCGUUUCGUCAACAUCGAGCGUCUUGUCUUUUCCAUGCGACUGUUGCGACGCGGGCUCAAAAAGUUACUAGCCACUUCUCCCGAAAGUUUCGCUAGUCUACGACAGCGUCUCAUCACCAGCCAUGCUGCGCUGUGUGCAGUCCACUUCGUUCUCGGGGUUGGAGACCGUCAUUUGGGAAAUUUCCUCCUCGACAAAACCUCGGGUGACCUGAUUGGAAUCGAUUUCGGCUACGCGUUUGGUGUGACCUUGGCGCUUCCGGUGCCCGAGUACGUGCCGAUGCGACUGACAUCGAGCAUCCGGGAGUUGCUCGAGCCGUCGGGACCCGCAGGUUCGUUCGGUUCGACACUCUCUCGAACGCUGACCACGCUUCGAUACCACUCGAACCUCAUUCUUCCUGCGCUUCAGACGUUUAUUGAAGAAAACUGCACCUUGAACUGGUCUGCCUAUGGUCAGAUAUUUGGCCAAUCAGGCGAGGACUUUCAGCGCUCUCGUUUGACCUUGAUAAAACGCAAGCUCAUUGGUUUCUGCCCCACAGAGCUGCUGAUUGAGGACUUGCGACUUCGAUUCGGCUCGCAGACGUGGUUCAAUUUUGUAGAAUCCGUUGUCAGGGAGACGGUUGCCGGUAGAGAGCAAAGCCAAGGAGUUCUUUCGCCAAUUGAGCAGGCUCGCAGACUCGUCUGUCUCAGCUCCUGUCCUGAACUGCUCUCGAGGAUGCAUGCGUCAUGGAAUUCGUGUCUAUAA